UAAGCUAAACAAACGAAUGUCGCCGCAUUCCGUUUGUGCGAAACCAUAACCUGGAAAGGAGCACGGCGUUAUCGUAUUCCCGGUUUGUGUUUUAUUGAUCAAACGAGUAUAUCAUCGGUUGAAUAGCAUAUUUUCCUUGCUGCCAAUAAGCAAAUUAAAGAGGUUUUAGCGACGGUUUAAAGCACGAUGACGGACGCUGAGAAGCUGGAAGUUCGGGAUAUAACCCGAAUCGAGCGAAUUGGGGCGCAUUCCCAUAUCCGUGGCCUCGGACUUGAUGAUGUCCUAGAAGCUCGAGCGGUUUCCCAAGGAAUGGUUGGCCAAAAGGAAGCCCGACGCGCUGCCGGUAUCGUGGUGCAAAUGGUGAGGGAGGGCAAAAUCGCUGGAAGAUGUAUUUUGUUGGCUGGCGAACCGAGUACUGGGAAAACGGCGAUAGCAGUCGCUAUGGCGCAGGCACUCGGUAACGAGACUCCGUUCACAAGCAUGUCUGCAUCGGAAAUUUUCUCACUUGAAAUGAGUAAAACAGAAGCGCUUUCCCAAGCAAUGCGCAAAAGUAUUGGUGUGCGUAUCAAAGAAGAAACCGAAAUCAUUGAAGGCGAAGUUGUAGAAAUACAAAUUGAUAGACCCGCAACGGGCACGGGGCAGAAAAUUGGAAAAGUCACUUUGAAGACCACCGAGAUGGAAACUAAUUACGACCUGGGCAACAAAAUAAUCGAAUGUUUUAUGAAAGAAAAAAUCCAAGCUGGAGAUGUAAUAACAAUUGAUAAAGCUUCCGGAAAAGUGAGCAAACUUGGUCGUAGUUUCACCAGAGCGAGGGACUAUGAUGCAACUGGUGCCCAGACCAGAUUCGUCCAAUGUCCUGAAGGUGAAUUGCAAAAGCGCAAGGAAGUUGUUCACACCGUCACUCUUCAUGAAAUUGACGUGAUUAACAGUCGGACUCAUGGAUUUCUGGCGCUGUUCUCGGGCGAUACAGGCGAAAUUAAACAAGAAAUCCGAGAUCAAAUUAACGGGAAGGUGAUGGAAUGGCGUGAAGAAGGAAAGGCGGAAAUAAAUCCUGGAGUAUUGUUUAUUGAUGAGGUCCAUAUGUUAGAUAUGGAGUGCUUUUCGUUCCUGAACCGAGCUAUGGAGAGUGAUAUGGCACCUGUCGUUAUAAUGGCUACCAACCGUGGUCAUACUCGAAUUCGUGGGACGAACUAUCGCAGUCCUCACGGCAUGCCUCUCGAUCUACUAGACCGCAUGAUCAUCAUUCGCACUGUUCCCUAUUCUGAAAAAGAAGUGAGGGAAAUUCUGAAAAUACGUUGCGAAGAAGAGGAUUGCGUGAUGAACAACGACGCUUUGACUGUCCUGACACGAAUCGCUUGUGAUACGAGUUUGAGAUAUGCCAUCCAGUUGAUCACGACGGCGAAUUUGGUAAGUCGAAGACGCAAAAGCACGGAAGUAACUGUGGAAGAUGUGAAAAAAUGUUAUGCGUUAUUUAUUGAUGAAGUGCGGUCAAGCAAGAUUCUAAUGGAGCUGCAAGAUGAAUAUAUGUUUAAUGAAAUAGAAUCAGAUAAAGCGAAAGAUAAAGAUUCGAUAAAGGGCAAAGGUAAAGACAAAGACGAGGAAAAGCCGGCCGAACCGAUGGAAUGUGGAGAUAAUUAGGUUAGAGAAUUACAUUCAUAUAACAGCAUUUUAUAUGCGAU